CAAGCAAUGGAGACGUAGUUAUUUAAGUUUAACUUAAAGUAGGCAAGUACUAGUAGCCUAUAGCCUAUAUGCCUAUGCCUAUGCCUAUACUAUGUAAAUGUAUUCAUUAUACAUAUAUAAUAAAAUAUAUAUAAUAUAUACUAGACUAUAUUUAUAUAUAUAUUUUGAACUUAAGUCUAAAAAACUAACUAAAAUCGUACUAAAAUGUAAAUGAAUAAGUUCAAUAACUGAUAACGCACCUGAACUGCACUUUUACAAAGACUUAAGUAAGAAGAGUUCAUAAAAACUUUUUCUAAAACUUUGAAUAACAACAAUAAUGACAAUAAGAUUCUAAGUGACUGGUGAUAAUUUAACAAGUAAGAUUUAAUAAACUAAAGACUUAAAAAUUUAAACUGCCUUAACAAGUUACUUACACAUACAAGUGCAAGUCAUUCAAUUCUUAUUAAGUCUACAGUCUACAAAUAAUGCUGAUAAAAAUAAAUUGUUUAGCUUAAUAAUUGGUUUAAUAAUAAUAAAAAUAAAUGGAUAAUCAUAAUGAUAAUGGCAAUAUUUAUUUAAUAAGUGAAAUAAGACUGCUUUAGUUUAGUAAAGUCUUUAGGCUAUACUAUACUAUAAAUUAUAACUAAAUGCUAAAUAUUAUUAUUGUUAAAUAUUUAUAUUAUAUAUAUAUAAUAAUUAUAAAUUAUAUAAAUCAAUUAAUGUGUAAGUGUAAGGAAUCUUAACCUGAUUAACUUUAACUCCCUGAGACUCACAGAGAAUGAGAAAAAUUGAGAAGGUUAAAGUUAAGUAUUAAGUUUUACUUUUAAUUUUAAUAUUUAUUAAUAAGGAAUCUGAGUAAGCUAAUGGACAAAAAUUAAAUUGAAAUACAGAGAGGGAUUUUUGUGUUGGCAUUGGACUCAUUGUUAACAAUACAAAAAAAAGGAACUUUAAAAAAAACAAAAAACAUUUCUUUAAAAUUCAAAAUGCCAAUUAGAAUAAAUCUUUCCCCUCCACUGCCAUUAAGUUACGUUUUCCCACUCCAGUGUCCAGGUAAAUUUGAAUAACUUGAGAAGUAAUGAAAAUAGUAGGGAAACUAGCUGGAUAGGCCGAGGCCUAUUUGAAAAGAAAUAUAGGCCUAAAAAAUAUUUUUUCUUUGAAUUUCAUUCAAGAUUAAUCUGGAAAAUGUUCGGAAUCACACGUGGCCAUGGUCAUUAUGCUUUUAAGUAUUAAGAAUAGCUGCGAACUAUGUGGUUAAUUCUAAAAAAAUAAACCUGGUCAUAGAAUAAUGCAAAGCCCUUAAAGUUAAAGGUUAAGUAAAGCCUAAAAUGAACGUGAGUGCUUGUGAAAGUCUGACACAUACCUCAGAAGACAGUGUUUCAAAUGAUUUACCUGAGCCCUUAAAGGAACCAAGCAUAAUAAAACAGAACAAGUGGGUCAGUACUUUGAAGAAGGCUUUUAGCUCCAGGUAUGAGAUAAUUCUUCAUAAAAUUAACUAUUAUUUAAUUCUGUUACAGUAUUAAAGUCUGUGAGUUGUUUUUUUUAAAGUUUAGUUUCUACCAACAACAAUAGUAGCUAUAUUUCUUCUAAUUGAUAACUACUACUAAUAUGCCAUAAAAUAUAAGUAAGAUUCCAUUUUUAAAACAAAUUGUUUAAUGAUACUUAAAAUCGCUUUUUACAGAGACAGUAGAGAUAUAACAUGUGAAAUUAAAAUGAUCACAUUUUAAUUACUUAAAGACUUUACAGCUUACAAUUUUUCAUAUUAUUUCUAGGACAUUAUAUUAUUAUUUUCAAUUAAUAAUAGCUGAUGAAACAUGAAAUAGUUAAUUUUAUAUUUUCUAGAAAUUUUCUGAAGUCUUUGAUAUUAGGUCAGUGUUUAUCACUCCUGCUAUGUGGCACUGGAGUAUUUUCUACCCUCCUACAAAUUGAAAAUGUUAAUGUUCCAACUGGUAUGUUUUAUAAAUUUGAAGAUUUAGUAAUAAUUUUUAAAAAUGUAAAUCAGUUAAAUGCAAACUAGACAUAACAAUGUAAGUAAUUUGAACAAUCUUCUUUCGACCUUGGGAAAAACUCAUUGAAUCAUUUGCAUACCGGUUUAUAAUGUUAAAACAACCAAUGAAUACAAUGUACAAAAAUGUAUAGUUGCCUAAGUAUUUCUAUUAAUGACACUGUAAUUUAUAUUAUUUAGUAGCUUCUUGAUGUUAAAGCUAUUAUUAAUAAUACAUACUAAGCAAGCAUUCUUAUUUUUUUAAGCGUUAGCUUAUCUAGAAACUGAGUAACUUGUCUCUCCAAUGCUCAUUAAUAAGUGCAGUUUUUGACAGUAGCCAAUAUUUAUAAUGCCCUAUUUUUCUAUAUUUCUCAAUCAGCCCAAAGUUUUUUGGUGUACUUUGCAUUGGGUAUUGUUUUCACCACACAGCUGGCUUACAAGCCAGGAAAGAGAAACCUGGUUAAUAUCCUCAGAUCUUGGGAUGGUCUCAAAUAUGCAAUAAUUGGCUUAAUUGAUGUAGAAGCAAACUACCUUGUCGUUAAGGCAUACAAUUAUACAUCAAUAACUAGUGUCCAGGUAUUUUAUUUCGCUAAACCUAAAAAUAUAAGUAAAUGUUUACCAUUAACAAUUAAAUUAUAUGCAACUGUUGUUUUUUUUUUAAAAUCCCAAUGUUAUAUAUAUAUUCCUCCUCUUUCUCUAUUGUAGAUUUUUUUUUAAAAAUUUUUAAACAAAGUAUCUGUCAGAUUUAUUAUGAAAUAUGUCAAAAAAAUUAACUAUUGUAAAGCUUUUUUUCUCAAUAUGGAAACAAUACUUGCAUCACAACAUACAUCAAUGUUUAAUAUAUAUAUAUAUAGGUUAAGACCAAAAGUUUUAAAUUCUUUUCAUUUUAGUGACUUUUACAAUUUAUAGAACUAGUACGAACUAGUGUCAUUCAACACUUAUUUUUUAAGUUGUAGUUGUGAUUUAGUUCUAAUGCAUAUUCUUUUUUACAGAUUUUAGACUGCUUCAGUAUAGCUGUUGUUCUGAUUCUGUCAAAGCUGCUUUUGCAUACACAUUACCGCUGGACACACUACAUUGGUGUUGCUGUUUCUGUGCUAGGUUUGGGAGGUCUUGUGGCUGCUGAUGUUAUCACAGGAAAAAAUCAUGAUGAUGGUAUGCAUAAAUUGUAAACAGCAUUGCACAACUAUUCUGUAGCCUAUUAUUUUUCAAAGAAAAAUUAUAAAAAGGAAGACUUUAAAAAUAAGCCUAUUUUUAAAAAGUAAAUUUAAAAAGAAAAUGAUAAGCUUUCUAAAAAAGAUGAUCUAAUAUUGUUAAAUUCAGUUUUACUCUUAAAAGCAAACAGAGCACCUAAUAAAUGUGUCGUUUCUUUAAAAAGUUUAUUUUAUCAUCAACAAGGUACAAAUGUGGUUUUAGGAGACUUCCUUGUUAUCUCUGGUGCUGUGUUGUAUGGUAUAAGCAAUGUAGCACAAGAGUUUGUUGUGAAGAAUUUCAAAAAGUCUGAAUUUCUUGGCAUGCUGGGUUUGUUUAGUACAUUCAUCUCAGGCAUUCAAGUGUAAGUUGUCCCAUUUUAUUUUUUCAAACUCUUGUACUUUAAUGAAUUUAUGUCAAAAUUAGCAAAGUAUUUUUUUUUAACACAUUAACUAGUAUGAGCCAUUGACUUUAUUUCAAUAAUUUAUCCACUGUGUUCAUAAACUGCUAAAACAAUCAAGAAGUAGUGUAAUUUGCCCGCAAUCGCUCAAAAACCAAAGUAAAAAGUUGCUAAUUAGUGAACUGCUGUUUGCUGAAUAUGCUACUUUAGCAUUACACACAGAAUUAGGUAUGCAGUGAAAAGUUAAUUGCCUCUCGCACGCAUGUAAAGAGUUUGGACUGACCAUUAGUCUAAAGAAGAAACUGUCAUGAUGCAAGAAACACAGUCCCCUAACAACAUAACUGAGGAGGGUCAUAAAAAAAUUUGUCAGUAAUUAGGAGUUUCACAUACCCUAGGUCCAAUAUCUCUAGAUCAUUCUCCAUUGAAGAAGAGGUUAACAUCAGGAUUGCAAAUCAUCAGCAACUAUGGCUAAAUUGAAUUAGAGUUUGGGAAUAUCCUAACUCACUGAAAACACAAAACUAAGUGUCUAUCAGGUAUGUGUGCUCAAUAUGUUUCUAUAUGGUAGUGAAACAUGGUGAUCAGCCAAUGGGCGAACAUCAGUCUGUGAGGGAGUCAGAACGUCUGGAGAUGAGUGAAACAAAGCCCUUGCAACUAAAAAGAGCAUCACGGAUGCCAAAUGUAAUCAGGAGUCAAGGUUGUCCUGCAAGAAGUGCAGCAGAGACAGCCAUUCCAGCAUCUGCCAAAUAAGCCAUUUGAUGAAGUGUCAAUAGCUACUCUAUCUCGCAAAGACUGAAGGAUUCCAUAAAUAUAAAAUAGAAAAAUCUUAACAGAUUGCAUUAUAUUGUGGACAUGACAUUUUUGAGAUCUUUUUCAAACAAAAUGUUAGGGGUUCUCAUUCUAUCAGAAUCAUGUUAUACAGGGUAAUAUACAGUAUGCACAAUAAAAGGUUAUCAGUGAAUUAUACUAAGCAAUUUUUAUUUCAAAUCAAUGUUAUUUUUUCAUGCAAUCAAUUCUUUUAAAAUAACUUCACAUCAUGAUUUUCUAAAUUGUUCCAGCCUAAAUUUGUCAACAGAAUUUUACUCUGCCAUUAUAUUAUUAUCUACGUAAUAAGCUUUAAUAAUCAAAUUAUAUGUGGCAAAUUGUUUUGUGGUCAUUGCAGGAUACUCGUUGAACGUGAUGAGUUAUCAAGAGUCAAUUUUUCUUCCUACAAAGUUGGUAUGUCUGUUUCUUAUUGUAGCCCUUUACAAAAACAGGAUAACAACAUUUUUAAAAAAGAACAAUUUUUAAAGUUACUUAAAAUAGAAUAGAUUUAAGAUUAUAUUAUGUCCGGGUAAGCAUUAAGUGUAGGGUGCAUUUAUUUAGAACUGCAAAUAAACGGAGCAUUCAUAAUUCAAAUAAUUGCUCAAUUCAAAUAAGCUGUAGUUGUUAUGUAUGUAUACAACAUUUAAUAUUAAUCAGAUAAAGGCAUAUUCUAUGGCAUUUGGAUAAAUAAUUUAAUUUUUUUUAAAAAAUGUUUCCUCAGUGCUUCCAUGGCUAGGAUUUUUCUUUUUCCUGUUCAUGAUAUAUAUUUGUAUGUCAUAUGUGAUACAAAAGACAAGUGCCACGGUCACAAACAUAUCUGUACUCUCAGCUGACUUUUAUGCAUUGAUAUUUGGAAUCUUUUUAUUUGGAUACACAGUGAGUUGAAGUAGUAAUAGUUAACAAAAGACAACACAAAACUUUCUAACUUUCUUUUUUUUAUAGUUUUUUUUUUACAGCAAUUAAUUGGGGCAUUAAUAGGCUUUUUUUUGUGUGUAUGUAUUAAAGUGGUCCAUUCAUAUUGGAAAUAAAACAUAUAAAAAUAAAAGUCAAAUUGUUGUCUUUCCGCAAUUGAAUAUAUAUAAUAUAUAUUACCUUUAUUUAAUUUUUAAAAAGUGAAAAGUACUUUUUUUUAUUCUUCCACAGUUCCAUAUACUUUAUGUGAUAUCUUUUAUUGUUGUAAUUGUGGGUGUUGCUGUGUAUACUCUCCGUCCUACUGACGCAACUGCAGAGGGCAGCUAGCAAAAAGAUGUGUCAUAAGUUAUUGUUUUAUUAUUUAAAUGAUAUACUCUAGUGCAUGUACAUAUUUUAAUAUACAUUAAUGUGGGCAUUUGGAUUAAUAUUAAUGUGUUCAAAUGACCGGAACUUAUUGAUUCUCUUAUUUAUUAAAUACAAUGUAUAUAAUUUUUUUAAUUAAACCAAAAAAACAACAUUGUUCUUUACUUACAUCCUGACUCAACAAUGAUGUUUCUGUGACAGCUUUGAGGUAUAUAUAUAUAUAUAUCACACACACACACAUAUAAAUACACACAGUUACUUACAUACACUGAUGCAUUCUCUAUUGUUUUGACAGUCUGUUUAUUUGUUAUUGAUUUUGGACUAAUACAUCAUGUUGCAGUUUAUUAGUAAUGACGCAGCCUUACAUUUUGGUAUUAAAACAAUAUAUCACCAGCACAGAAAUAACCCCUAAAUAGUUUUUAUAUAUAUCUCAUCUGAUAAGGGAGGUCACCAUCAUCAAAAUAAAAAGCUAAAAUAUAAAUCAUCUUUGUCAAAAUUAAAGAAAUCUAUAGUUUUUCAGAAAUAAAGAAAAUAAUCAACCAUGUGACCCUUUUCAUAAACUAUUUGAAAAAAAUUGUAGUUCUAUAACCAUGAGAGGACAGGGUCUAAAGGAACAUUGGUUGAGAUAAAGGAAGAAAGUCAAAGCAUGAUACCAGCCCACCCUUCCACCCCCAUUUAUCUGUUAAAUUUUAAAUACAAUUAGAUUCACAUAACUAAAAAAAAUUAAAAUAAUACCCACUUAGAAGACAACUUAAUCAUGUUUUAUACUUUUGUGCCAUAACUUCCUUCUCAAAUUUUAGCUUACUGUAAUUAUUUUACAUAAAUAGCUUUGAUUAAUGAGCGCUUUUCUUCAUUUUCUUGAUCAGGCCUGCACAACAUGUUUUAUACUUUGUGACCCGUGACGUAACGAAAUAUUUUUUAUUCUUAUUAUUUUGUUAAUAGCUUUCCCCCUUGUCCUAUUUUCUUUUGGCCAGCACAAGGUUUUCAUAAAGUAUUAUGGCCCGCCUUACAUUUUGAGUUGUGCAAUUGCCUGCUCUUGAUAAAAGAAAUCAAAUAAUAUUAAGAAUCAUCUGUCUGUGAAUUCCUUCAAAAAUAUUCACUAGCUAUGUCUGUGAAUUUAUCCACUAGUACAAACAAUUUACAGAAUAAAAAAAGUUGUUUAAAAUAAAAAUAAGAUUAAAUUUGAGUUUUUGCUUUAACUUGAAUCACUAAAUUUACUUCCCAAUUAAUUCUUGUCACAAGGGCCCUAAGAUGAUAUUAAUUGUCAAUUGGAGCAUUUUCAUGUAUUUAAAUACACAGCAGUGGAUGUUGAGUUGUUUUAUUAUAAAUUAUAACAUUAAAAAUGAACACAAUGUUAUAAAUAAAAAUAUUUUUAAGUGUUAGAAAAUAUUUUACUUUUAAAAUGUUUAUGCUUCUCGUUAAAACUCAUUUUUUUAGGUUUCACAAAGUUAAAUUUUUUUGCAGUAUUGUUUUGGCAGGCUAUGUCUAGAAAACAAUUGCCAAACCUCAAAAUGUUCAUAUUCAGUUUGAAACUUUAAAUAGUAGCAUUUAAAAGCUCAUAACACUAGUCAUGAUUUACCUUUGAUGUUUAAAAAAUAUUUACAUUUAAAGCUACAGAGGUAUAGAAAUGUAAUUAGAUAGUGGCUCUGGCAUAGCACCAAAUGCAUUGAUGUCUCUACUUUAAGUUGUAUUACCCUUCAAUGAAUUUAGAAGCUUAAUAAAAUUUAAAUACCAUUUCCAUUUUGUACCAUUGCAAUUGUAGAAUUUAAAUUUGUUACAGCUAAUUGAACUAAAUUUGACUUAUUUUAAAUCAAUGAUAUUGUUAGAAGGAAAUUAUAGGGAGAUUGGUUUGAAUAUCAUUUAAGGAAUAUCAUUUGAAUAUCAUAGAAUAUAGUCAUGUGAUUCAUGUUUCAUGAAAAAAAAAAAGGUAACAACAACAAAAAAAUGACCUGAAAACAUUAUGCAAUUUGCUGUUAUUAAAACUCAUUUUAUACAAGUAAAAAAAUGUAAUCAGCUAUGAAUUGUUACAAUCUCACUUGCUGAGUAAAGAGGUUAACCAAAACACUUUACCUCAGCAAGAAUGAAACCAUUUUCAACAUGUUACUUAAUGUUGACUGUUCUCUUAUUGCACAUGCAUGAUUACAGAUGUUUUUGUAUAGCAACAUGUUUGUCACAGACUAUACAUUUUAUACCAGAA